ACUGAGGCGUGUCCAGCCGCCGCCAUGUUGUCCAGUGACGUCAUCAACCAGGAAGUGAGCUCGCGGGUCUCUGUGGCAGCGGCUGAGGCUCGCGGACCAAAACAGCUCUUCUUCCUCCUCAUCAUCAUCAUCAUCCUCCGCCUCCUCCUCUCGGACCAUGGACCGGAGUCAACGCUCAGAUCACCUGUUGGUUGCUGUGAGAACAUGAGCUCCGCCCACCUGUCCACAGUGGAUGGCACUGAUAGGCUGUGUGUUUCUGAGCGCGCUCAGUGCGUCCCUUCUCCAGUGCUGCACCUGCGGCAGCUACCUGCUGACACCUCUGAACAGGAAGUGGUCGACCUGGCACUUCCCUUCGGCAGAGUCUCCAAACUGAUCACACUGAGGACCAAAAACCAGGCGUUUCUUGAGAUGGCAUCAGAGGAAGCAGCUGUUACCAUGGUGAACUACUACACCUCAGCCCCACCCACCAUCAGGAACCAGCCAGUCUUCAUUCAGUACUCCACCCACAGAGAGCUGAAAACAGACAAUCUGACCAAUCAGCAGAGGGCGCUGCAGGCCAUCAGCACGGCAGCAGUGCAUUCUGGGAACAUGGGGUUGUCAGAGGGGCGGGGCUUAAUCCCGGCGCCCAGCGCGGUUCUGAGGAUCAUCGUGGAGAACCUGUUCUACCCGGUGACCCUGGAGGUCCUGCAGCAGAUCUUCAGUAAGUUUGGCUCCGUCCUGAAGAUCAUCACCUUCACCAGGAACAACCAGUUCCAGGCUCUGCUGCAGUUCAGCGACGCCGUCCACGCUCAGCACGCCAAGGCGUCUCUGGACGGCCAGAACAUUUACAACGGCUGCUGCACGCUGCGCAUCGACUUCUCCAAACUGAGCGCGCUCAACGUCAAGUACAACAACGACAAGAGCCGCGACUUCACCAGAGCCGACCUGCCGAGCGGAGAGUUGGACCCGGCCGGCGCCGCCUUUGGUGUAGCUCUGCCGCCAUACGGAGCCGCAGCGUUCCCUCCCUCCUUCCACCAGCACACGGGUCUCCCCGUGACGGCGGUCCCCGGCUCGCUGAUGUCCCCUCCUCGCAUGGCGCUGCAGGUGGCGCCCCCUGCGGGCCACUCAGUGCUGCUGGUGUCCAACCUGGACCCGGAGAGAGUUUCCCCCCACUGCCUCUUCAUCCUGUUUGGAGUUUACGGCGACGUCCAGCGAGUCAAGAUCCUGUUCAACAAGAAGGAGAACGCGCUGGUCCAGAUGAGCGACGCCACGCAGGCGCAGCUCGCGAUGAGCCAUCUGAACGGCCAGCGUCUCCAUGGAAACGUGAUCCGGGUGACCCUGUCCAAACACCCAGUGGUGCAGCUGCCGCGCGGAGCGGCGGGGCCGGAGGAGCAGACGCUGACGCAGGACUUCUCAGGCUCCGCCCUCCACCGCUUCAAGAAGCCCGGCUCGAAGAACUUCAACAACAUCUUCCCUCCGUCAGCGACGCUGCACCUGUCCAACAUCCCGUCAUCGGUGGGUGAAGACUCCCUGAAGGACCUGUUCUCCUCCAGAGGUUUUGCUGUCAAGGCCUUCAAGUUUUUUCAGAAGGACAGGAAGAUGGCGCUGCUGCAGCUGGCGUCGGUGGAGGAGGCAGUGGAGGCUCUGAUCACCCUUCACGACCAGGAGCUGGACCACAACCAGCACCUCCGGGUCUCCUUCUCCAAGUCCACCAUCUGACCCCGCCCCUUCAGUCCAGCGGCCAAUUGGACGGCAGGGCCUCCCCGCGCUGAGGGGGGCCGGACCGGCGGCCGGCCAGGCCUCGUUGCCAUGGUUACGGAUGUUCCUGAGCACAUUCCUGAGCGGCGGCAGCGGAGCAUUGUGGGUAUUGGAGUCAGGACCAGGAGAACCGGAAACGUGUGCAGAUGUUUUGGUUCCUGCUGAAACUUUUGAACUGAAACUGUUUUAUUUGAACUCUUCAUCAUCCUCCUGCUGUUGUCUGACUGUCAUCGACUUCAUUUUGUUAUUAUUCCUGCUGUGGAUGUUCGGGCUCUCCGUCUUUUGUGCCUUAUUUUUCAGAUUUUCUUACGGCCUGUAGGGGGCGCUCUGUGUGACUGUCUGGUGUGUUUCUGCUGUUCUGGGAGGUUUUUAAUGUCGGCUCUAUUUAUACUGUAUAAUGUGAUGCUGUUGAAGCCCCGCCCACUUGUGUGUGUGUGAGUUUACAUGUUGAAACCUGAGCACCAAUCCAUCUGGCUGGCUCAGGGGUCAAAGGUCAGCACCGCCUCCAUUUCUGGAGGGGUUAAACCAAGCCAACGUUUCUGUGCCUUUAAAUUCAGGCAACCUGUUCCCAUUAUGACAUCACUUCUUAUCAGGUUCUGGUCAGGCCCGGUGAGAACGGAACUGGACUGAAGUUCGUUCCAAUUAUUUCUUAUUAAUCUCAGAUUUAUUUCCUGCUGAGACAAAAACACUAAAAGCUGUUAAACGUGGAGAAACAGGAAGUUCACUAAUAAUAAAUCUGCUUUAAUGAUCUCAUAAACCAGGAAAUAAGCAGAAAUAUGACUCUACAUUCAGGUAAAACAUGUUUUAUCACUAUUUAUUUACUGUAAUAUGACCUAAAUAAUCUGGAUUAUCAAUCCAUUUUACCAUCUAAUUCUGAAUCAAGUUCAGUUUUAAUACAAAUAAAAACGGAUGUUCUGUCAUGGAUAAAAAUAAUUUAUAAAAAAAAAAUAUUUACAGAUAUAAACAGACAUGAAAAUGAUUUUAUGAACAUUUUGUGGCCUCCUGAAUUUAAUUAUUUUAUUUAAGUCAUAAUUUCACUACCAUUUAAUCUGUCUCACCCUGCUGGGCUUUUUUUUUUUUACUUUGUGAAUGUGUCUGAUGGCUGUAACGUCAUUGUGGGCGGGGCCUUGUUGCAUGAUGGGGGUGGAGGGGUCAGUCUGGACUCCAACACAUAAAGUUUGUUAAAUCUUCAUUUAUUCUGAAGGUGUGACAGGAAGUUGGAGCAUGAAUAAAUAAAUAAACCUUA